AUGCAACCACUGAACACCACCAUCACCAACACUAUCUUCAGCAACCGUGGCAGCGGGCCGCAUCAACUUCGCAGCAAGGCAGCUGGGCAACACUGCCGUCGUCACCACUCUUUCUGCCGUCAUUCGCCAUGGAAAGCGAAGGGUCGCGCUUGCAGGCACUCCAACCACCGCACCAGUGGCAUCUUCACCUAUCGCCAUCUCACUGUCGCUGCAACUGCCCCAACAUGCAUGUCUGACGCUCAUGAUUCCGCUAGUGCGGCUCAACACCAUGUCUUUCUCUCACUGCCCUUCACCGCUAUUUUUCACCCGCUAUCUGUGCUCCCCACGCUUCGACGACGGCGACUCCCCAAGUUGGCACUCUCCUCAGCACACAUGCCUUCUAUCCUGCCAGUAUCUCAGGGAAACGGUAGCGGCAGCAGCGAGGCUUUGCUGCCCGAGCACACUUCAACACCUCCAACGUCGUUCCUACCGCUGGGCGCAGAAGCUCUGAGACUGUUCGACAUGCACUCCUUCAACGACAAUGGAUCACAGCCUUCCAGUGACCCGGCUAGCGAGGGUGUAGAGUCUCACCAUCGGGGCGUGCGCACACUGCAGUGGCUGUCAGAGGGCGCACUGGCGGCUCCAGCGGAGUCUCCGACCGCCAAUGUGUUGCCUUCAGCUCUGAGUCAUGACGACGUCUCUGGUCUUUCUGAUGCCACAGACGCCGCUGUGCGUGCUUCACAUUUCUUUGUGCCCACGGCAGCGACAACCCUAGCCUCUACUGAGUCGCCGGCCAGGUGUGUAGGUGUGCUGUCGUCCCCACUGCCACCUGCGUUCGCGCUCCCUAUUGUGUUGCCUGCUACCCCGUUAGGCAAGGAUAACCUGAGCUGCCCGAGCCACAGCUACAGUUGCAGCAUGAGCAUCCCGUCGUCACAGCUGGCAUUCAGUCCUUUCCCGCAUCGGCUAUCAACGCUAAGACCUACCAUGGUGGCGUGUGACCUGGCACAUGGAAUUGAGCAGGAGGCCGUGCAGCGCCGCCACUCUCAAAGCGCGCUGCCGAAUACGGUCGCUCAUGAGCUGCUGCUCUCAACAGGGUGCACAGCAGAGCCGGCCAUGUCGGCUGUGCUCUCUGCAGCACGUCGUAACUCGUCGUACAUCUCUGGUACCACCAUGCAGGGUUCUUUUUCUCUCACCGAGGACGGUGUUGGGGGUAGCGACGGCGGCGUUACAGCUACGGCCGAAACUCCACUAAUGCAGUUCAACACCAGCCGAGGCACCACCUUCUCUGGCAUAGUUGCAUCCACCGCCACGACCACGGCUAGCACCACACCUUACACGUCGCCUUCGCUGACCGCCACGCGGCGCUGCAGCAGUGCCUCCGCCCUGAUGGAACACACAGCCACUUUCCUGAACAAGAAUUGUAUCUCUAUAAACGCUGGUGCUGCUGCUGCUGCUGCUGAGGCGGCGCUGCUGUCCACACCGUCACAGUCACCGCUCUGCCCACCAUACGCGUUCUCUGCGACGGCCAGUGAAAUGCAGAGCAACGGGAACGAGGAUAACGGAGAGGCCGCUGCUACGGCGGUCUCCAUGGCGGUGGGGUCUGCGAUACCGUCGGUGUGCCGUCUGCUAACAGCCCCGGCAACGGGCGCGCGACGAGAGCACCUCUUCUGGUGUCCUUCCUCCUCAUCUGAUGUCAAUCUUCAAAGCAGGCGCACUGCCGAGUACGAUAAAGCCAUGCGUGCCGUGCAGCGGCAAGAGGUGUGGGCAGAGAAGACAACAGCCGGCCGCGAAGAGCUGCGGCGACAGUUGGAAGCGCAUGUCUUUGCGAAGCACCACCACUGGGCAGAGAGGCUGUGCAAGGAUGCUCCGGCGCGGCAGCUGCUAUUGACUCCUUCGUUGCCCGAACAGCAGCUGCUUUCCGCCGAGGUGGUCCUUAUUUCCGACGAUGGUAAGAGCAGCGCCCAUUCCACUGCUGCUGCUACAGCGAUUACCAUCGCUGGGGGUAUUCCCCCACCGCCGGCAUCCUUCCCACCACUGAUUGGCACACCGCUGUCCUUCAUGGGGUGCGGGCGAGACACGGCGACACUGCCCAAGGUACAUGUGCCGAGAUCGACACCCUCGGAGGCGCCUGACGAUGAACAGGAUGCGGCCUCCGUGGGAUCGCCUGUGGAGAGGGAGGAUGUGGAGAGCAGUGCAGUUGAUGAAGAGGCAGGAUUGACGCAGCCACAGUGGCGGCCAAGCAGAGGCGAGGCGAGGGGUUCAGCGCUGCUGCCGCUUGACACGCCACGAUCUCGUGUGUCUGUGAGCUCCUGGGGCUCUUCCCUGUCGUACGAGAUGGCUUUGCUGGCUGCAGCGCGGAUGUCCGGAUAG